CCUCUCGGGCGCGCCCCGGGAUUGGCUGCGGGGGCCUGCCCACGUGACCCGGGGCCCCUGGAAGCAAGCAAGGAGGGGGCCAUGGCUGCCUCUGCGCGGCGCUGAGGAGAAGGAAGAGGAAGGAAGGAAGCAAGGAAAGAAGGAAGAAGGAAGGAAGGAAGAAGGAUGGGGGAGAAGGCCGGCACCAGGGUCUUCAAGAAGUCCAGCCCCAACUGCAAACUCACGGUCUACCUGGGCAAACGGGACUUUGUGGACCACCUGGACCGAGUGGACCCUGUGGACGGCGUCGUCCUUGUGGACCCGGAAUACCUCAAGGACCGGAAGGUGUUUGUGACGCUGACGUGCGCCUUCCGGUACGGGCGCGAGGACCUGGACGUGCUGGGCCUGUCCUUCCGGAAGGACCUCUUCCUGGCCUCGUGGCAGGCCUUCCCCCCGGCCCAGGAGACCCCCAAGGAGCCCCUCUCCCGCCUCCAGGAGAGGCUCCUCCGCAAGCUCGGCUCCAACGCACACCCCUUCGGAUUCAUCAUCCCUCAGAACCUGCCCUGUUCGGUGACGCUGCAGCCGGGCCCGGAAGACACCGGGAAGGCCUGCGGGGUCGAUUUUGAGAUCCGGGCGUUUUGUGCCAAAAACCUCGAUGAGAAGAUUCAUAAAAGGAACUCCGUCCGCCUGGUCAUCCGCAAGGUCCAGUACGCCCCGGAGAAGUCCGGCCCGCAGCCCAUGGCCGAGACCACCCGCCACUUCCUGAUGUCCGACCGGUCACUUCACCUGGAGGCCUCUCUGGACAAGGAGCUCUAUUACCACGGAGAGCCGGUCAGCGUCAACGUCCACGUCACCAACAAUUCCAGCAAGAGUGUCAAAAAGGUCAAAGUGUCAGUGCGGCAAUACGCGGACAUCUGCCUCUUCAGCACCGCGCAGUACAUGUGUCCCGUGGCCCAGAUCGAGCAGGACGACCAGGUGGCGGCCAGUUCCACCUUCUGCAAGGUCUACACGCUGACGCCGCUCCUGAGCAACAACCGGGAGAAGCGCGGCCUGGCCCUGGACGGGAAGCUCAAGCACGAGGACACCAACCUGGCCUCCUCCACCAUCGUGAAGGAGGGUGCCAGCAAGGAGGUCCUGGGCAUCCUGGUCUCCUACCGGGUCAAAGUGAAGCUGGUGGUCUCCCUUGGAGGCGACGUCUCGGUGGAGCUGCCCUUCGUGCUCAUGCACCCCAAGCCCCCGGACCAGGCCCCCCUCCCGCAGCUGCAGCCCACCGCCCCAGAGAUGGACGCAGAUGCCCCAGUGGACACCAACCUCAUCGAGUUCGAAACCAACUACGGCCAGGACGACGACAUCGUCUUUGAGGACUUUGCCCGCCUGCGGCUGAAGGGCCUGAAGGACGACAAGGAGGACGAUGACCACUUCUGCUAGGACACGGCCGGCCACGGAGACCCCUCCCCUGAAAAAAGGAACCACACAAAAGCGGGGGGGGGGGGGCAUGGAGGAGCCGCCGAAAGAGGGGAGGGGGAGGGGAGGGAGAGAGCCCCCUCCCCAGUUGGAGAAUGUCUUGCCUCGGCCCCUCCCCACACGCCCCCCUCCCUCCCCGCCCCCCCCCCCAGCAACCCCUUCAAGGGGGCUUUUAAUGUGACUCAAGUGGGGAGGGGGCUUCCUUCCCACGUUUAUUCCGCCUGCUGCUGCGACCCCCUUUGCUGCUGCCCCCCACCCACUCGCUAAUGUGUAUUUUUCCAGAUGAACUUUAACCUUUCACGGCACCCCCUCCCCACUUUUGUGCCUCCUCCUCCUCCUCGUCGUCAUUGUCGUCCCCCUCCCCAAUAUUUCCCCCCCCUGAGUCUGACGCACUGGAUCCAUCCAUUGGUUGGGCAUUAAGUGUCUUCUUUUAACUUC